CCAACUCCAGAACCGACCCCCGAGCCUACUCCUGAGCCUACUCCCGAGCCUACUCCUGAGCCUCCUUCUGGAAACUGUGGAGCUCAGAAAUACCCAACGUCACCCAGGGGUCUGCAGAGUACGACUCCUGGAUCCAGCAUUUCCGCGUGUUCUGAGUCCUGUCUCGCGAAUCCCAGUUGCAGGUUCUUCUUCUUAUACUCGCAGACGACCUGCUAUAUCUUCACCAUUCCGUUGUCUGAGGUCACUCAAUUUACCGUCACCAACCGAGUUCUACUAUAUGAAAGGUCUUGCUUCGAGCCGGUUGUCACACCUACUCCCACUCCUACUCCUACUCCUACUCCUACUCCUACUCCUACUCCUGAACCCACUCCUCAGUCUCUCGUGUGCCAUCAAAAGGGCUACGCCAGCGGUCAGGACGGAUCCUCAGCCUACAGUGUCCAAACCGCAGACAGUGAUGCUUCCUGCCUUGCGAUCUGUCGAUCCCAGUCCCAAUGCACGUUUGUCAUCCUCGCCAGUCAAAGAGACUGCUUCCUCUACAAUACCGUCUACAAUAGGAACUCGCCAGUGGUCCCACUGGAUUACAUUUCGCUCUCUGAGAGGGAUUGUGACAUCUAG